UCCGAAGUUUACCAUGACGUACCAAAUAACAAAUGAUCGGGAGUCGAGGGGAACUUCUUGGCAAAUGGUUGAUCAAUCGACGUGAAACAGCGAAAAAAUUACGAUUUUCUCCUCUCUAAAACACAAUAAUGGAAUUUAAGCGAAGGAAGAAGAAACGAGGGAGCCAAGAUGAGAGUGUUGAACCAAAUAAAGAGGAAACUGCAGUAGCAAAGCAUUUACGGUGGAAUUGUCCAACAAAAUCAUCAACGAUGAUGGGCAACAAGGUCGAAUAUUUCAUUGCAUCAAAAGCUGUUGAGUGUUUACUGGAUUCCAACUGGGCAUCAGGGAAAAAGAACACAGAGAUUCUCUUCACAGACAGAGAUUCUGUAGUAGAUUACCUUGACAGACUUCUGGCUCUAGGGUUCUUUAGUCGUGUGGUUAGGAUCAAAAAACGAAAGGAUAAAGAUAAAGGGAAGGAAAAGGAAAAGGAGAAAGAGAAAGAAAAAGAGAAGACUGAGGAAAGUGAUACUAAGAAGUCCAAGAAAAAAGAAAAGAAAGAAAAAACAGAAGAAGGCAAAAAAGCCGAUGACAAAGAGGAGCAAGGAGAGUUAGCCAAAAAUGUCUCAGAAACCACUUCAGAGGAAGGAAAGAAGAAAAGAAAGAUUAAAGUGAAGCUCGAACUUCAUGAUGAUCAGUUUUUCCUGGAUGGAGAUGAGGCAUAUGUGUGGAUUUUUGACCCUGUUCACCCCAAGACCUUCAUAAUGGGUAUUCUCGUUGUCCUUGCUACCAUUGCCAUCUGUUUGUUCCCUCUUUGGCCAUACAAUAUUCGUGAAUAUGUCUGGUACAUUAGUGUUAUAGCAGCUAUCGCUGUUGGAAUGAUCCUGGUGCUGGCUGUCUUACGUUACAUAAUAUUUGGUAUCCUGUGGCUGCUCACCGGUGGCCGACACAAAUUCUGGCUUCUCCCUAACCUAACAGAAGAGUGUGGAUUCUUGGAAUCUUUUCAACCACUCUAUACCUAUGAGUACUGCCCUGCAACCACCAAGGAACAGACCUCUGAAGACAAACAAAAUGACCAGGAUGAAGACGAUAACACCAUGAAAGAUGACACUGAAACCUCCCCAACCUUAGACGACGAAAAAGGAACCAGUGAAGACAAGGAAAAUGGUGAUCAAGAUUCGUGGGUUAAACUGACUGAAGAAGAAGUGGAAAAAGCGAAGACGGAGAUGGAAGAGGAUGAUCAAGUGAAAGAGGAGGGGAAUUCUGACCAGGAGAGAAUAGUAGAUCCAGUUUGUUAACUUUUAAUAUGCUUUAUGGAUCCCUUAUUAUAAUCCCUGUUCAAUGUGGUGUGGUUACCCUGUGGAAAAUUGGAUUUUAGGGGACUGGUACCAAGCAAAGAAACAGGAACGAUUUUCACUUUCCCGUCCAUUUUUGCUCUUUAUCUUUCCCAUUCUUUUCCUCUCAUCUCAUUUACUAUUCUCAUUCCUCCACAUUUCCCACAGAAAUACAAUAAGAGUUAAUAUACAAACAAUGGUUUAACGGUCAUAACCAUCCUGUAAACACCAAGAUUGCAUCGCAUCUUAUUUGUGAAUAGCUUAUUAUAUUCCAUAGUCUUAAUACCAGUUUUGGUUUAAUUGGUUUGAUAAAAUGGUGUAAUUAUAAAUUCCUUGAUCACAAGAUGUCCUUUUAAUUAAGCGCUUGACAAAUAAAAUUAAACAUAAACAGCAUUAA